AUGGACGAAGUAGAAGUUUAUACCAAUUCAGAGGAAGAUUUUGAUGAAAAAUCCAGUGAGUCAUCGAGUGAGCCUUUUGCCAAAUUAAAUUGAAAGCUGUGGCCAAAAUAUCGAAUAGAUGAAAAGUUUUCUCAAUGAAUGCACCAAGACUCUAUUGUAACAAUUUUAAAUUCCUUGAACCUAGCCUUGAAAAGGCAAUAUCUUAUAUAUCUUUCAGUUGUUUCAGGAAUUUAUUGUCUUUUAUUUUUAGGGUUUUCACUUGGCUUUUAUUUUUAUCAGCUUCCAAAUUUAGCAGGAACAAUUAUCUUUACUAUCAUAUUUUUAGGGUCAUGAAUUGCUAUCGCAAGAUCUAAAGAAUUAAAGUCUUUCUUCUUGCAAAAAUCAAUGCAGAGUUUAAUUUUAGCAAUAAAUGAAGUAAAUAAUAUGAACUCAAAUAUAGAAAUCGAAAUCCCAAACGUUGUAUUUAAGUUGCGAGCAAAGAUAGUUGAAAAAAUUAAUCAGCCAAGUGAGCAAGAGUAUCAAUUGAUUAAAGAUUAA